AUGCGUAUAAUCUUGAACUUCUCGAUGAAGACAAGGCCUGAUAAGAGAUCAGUAUGCGGCGGCGUAUUUGUCGUACUCGUUUGUGGAAUAAGAGGCAACACGGUGCACGAGCUCUGUGAUGUUUUGAAGAAGGAUGCUGGGUGUCGGCUGUUCGAGUCCUUUGUGCUCAUCCUACCGUCGCUGCUAUCCAACCUUGCACAAGGUCACUGCUAUAACCCCGAUAUCCUAACGUACGUCAACGACGAGCUGCUCUUAGAUUGUGAGGGCGAACUGAAGCUGAGGAAAGUUGCUAUCGCUACAACGCGUUCAUUCUUUGACAGAUCUAUUCUCAACUAUAUUGUCCAUUCAUUGCAUUACCCUGCCUCAGUCGCCGUCGAUAGGUCAGGUGGGAGAGCGAGUGGCCGAAGCGUUAUCGUGAAGAAGCGCAGUAGUCAGUGUCGAGAUGUGGACAACAGUGAGAGAGACAUAUGGCGAAUUUUUGCGACUGAGGCACCACAGGAAGCCCUGGGAGCAAGGCCGGAUUGGAUUAAAGGCCAUAGAGAGGCAGCUGGUAUCCAGCAAGGUCUUUCUGAUCACAAUGAGCUUCUCUCAGGGCCUAGGAGGCAUGAGUGGGCAUUAGCAAGCCGGCUGUCAAAGCCGGUACAAUUCAAGCGUGCAUGGGUAUUUGCUAUCCGAUAUCUCGACAGCCUCCUUUCCAGUUUCAAAGUGGCAAAAUCCCCGAUAAACGAGGCGCAGGUCAUGGAUAUCCCUCACUUCAGAGAAAACGCAAGGUCGCCAACACACUCCACACCUUUCCCGGCAUCCAUUUUUUGCCUCCUGCCCCCGAUAAGCAUCGGCCUUAGCUUGGGUAUCAAUCAUGGAGCCCCAAGUAUAUCACAUGAAUAUUCUUCACUGAGGUUCUGUGUGCUGUUCGCACCAGAGCUAAUAGCAAUAACGAUCGUCGAGUGUCCCUUCCGCCUCUCCCCACUGGUGUUGAGAUCGCAACGUUCACUGAAUACCACAAUCUCCUCUCGCGGCGCAGUAGGUAGCUUUGUAGUACUUCCGAGUGUGACACCCAGAAAAGUUAGCGAUGCUUAUAGUGAUGUACGCUGGCGGCGAUCUGAGGCGCGGGAGGACUCUAGAGACACAGUACUUGCCAAUGUAGCAUCUCUACCCAUUAGAAUUGUCAGCUUUUAUUGCUUUGGAACGUGCAUACUGGGUCGUUGGACACUCGAAAGCUUUCAGAAAUGUGCUCAUGCGCACGCUCUCCGGUUGCACCACACACUUGCUCACAAAGCAGACUCACUACUGCGCAGUGUCAAAUGUAUCCUCGGCGCUGGUGUUGACAUCCUUCUCGUCCAUCGGCCCCCAUUGUGUCGCACGAUGCACGUCAAGAGCCGAUUGCUUGGACCUCUGCGAUUUGAAAUGGUACACGUGUGCCGCCAACCCAAGCCUUUGAACAAGCACAGAACGAAAGCCAGCUCAUGUGAGGCUGAGGGCACCCGUCAUGCACUCCGCCUCCUGAAACACUUACUUGGUCGAGUACUAGACGACUUGUCCAAGUUUCGUGAACCCGUCGGCUUGUGUACUCUCCGUACCGAGCCUCCACACGGCCGCACUGCGCUUGGCAGACGAAAACCCCUCCUCUCUCCCAACAAUGCGCUUUGUUCAUCGGGAGUCGCAGGAUUUGUAAACCUGCCUUGCUGUCGCCAGCUUCAGAUGCCAUAUGUUAGGUGUCGUCGUGCUAAGGGGCUAUUUUCAGGAGCGCGUUCAUGGUUGGGGGUUGGAACGAUCACACAGGAAUCAGCUCGGUACCAGAACUUGCCCUGCAUUGUUGGACAGGAGUCUUUGAACUAUUAUCAAAGCGUCGCUUGUGGUGAUACAGGCUACACAGCUACACGCGUGGACAACCUGGAUUUUCUCUUGAUAGCGUUCUCCAGCGCUUUGGGCAUGGAAUGCUCGGUCGUUCGGUCGGUCGAGGAAAAGAAUCCAUCCACAUCCAACAUCUCGAACGUUAUAAAUCGCGUCUCUUCUGCCCGGAAAAUGUUCCGAAAAAUUAUCGGCCCGCGACAAUAUGUUCGAAAAGGGAAUUUUGCGCGACGAAAUAUGACGUUUAAAUUUACCUUUCACCGGACGAGAGGCCGCCGCUUUGAUGAUGCAAUGAGGAGACGUGCUUGUGAAACAGACCAGAAGGUGACACAAACCUGGUGGACAAAAAUAGAAUCCACGACGAUGAACGAAAUGGAAUUGAUGGAAUUGACAAGUUUUGGCGAGAUGAAGGAAAUUGGGCGGGUACGUCAACAUCUAUCACUUUGCCUGGUAGCGAUGUCUAAGGAAGCAAAGUCCAUUUGCUGGCCAACGUCCACAGGCGCUCGAAUCGCGAAAAGCUUGAAGUUCAACACCAAUUGCAAUUGGAGACGAGAUAAUGCAUUAAGGUUGUGGUUGAUUCCAGCCUUUCAGCUGUCCACGUCUAGUAUUCGCGAUUGCGUAACGCUCUGCACGAUGCACACUGCACACAUCACUCUACUCACCUAUCCCGAUCCGGCGCAAAUACGACUGCGAAUUCCCGAGUACGCACGCAUUCGUUCUAAUUUCCGGGGAGCCAGAUGCCAGAAGCAGACUGAAAGAUUAACUUGA